UGAAAUUUUUACAUCAGCUAUUUUAUUUUUGACAAAAUCGCGUCUUCAAGUGCGCUAUUUGAGCUGUUUUGAGGCUUAGCAGCGUGGGCACAGAAAGCGUCAGCGGAAAUGAUUUUGACGUCAUAUCGUCAAACCGAUUUGGAGUUAAGUUUACAACAAAGUAAAAUAAUAAGGCACAGCCUAGCACAAAAACAAAACAAUCGCUUAUAAUGGCUUUUUUGGAAGAACCUCGGCCUAAUUCACCAAUCGAUAGUGAAAUGGAAGACAAUCCAACAAACAAUAUUCGGCCAUAUCAGUUUGAGCCCGAAUGGCCGGCUGAUGAACACGAAGAAGCUCACCAGUUUGAGGAUAACGAAGAACAGGAAUUUUUGUAUAUUGACGAUGAAUCUCGGCGCGACAAUCUUGAAUGGUGUCAAUGUGGUAACUGCCAAAUAAUGGAUAAUAACGAGGAAUGUUUAUGCUUCAAAGAGAUUUCCAAUAUUUGUGACAAAAAUUUAGAGGCAGUAGAAACGAAUGAGACCACCGAAGUCCCUUUAUGCAUUACACAACAUCCUGGUUUUGAGCCUGUUUGUCUUAAUAGGUGGGUUUUACAAACAGCUUGGUACCAGUACAAGCAGCAAUAUGAGGUAGCAUAUGAUGGGCCCGAGGACAAACUGUACCGCCAUAUUGCAUAUAGACAGUUGGCUAGAUGGUGCUGGGGUGUCUUGGGUAGAGAAGUGAGAGUCAUCUUGCCAUCAUGUGCAGUUACUCGCAUUAGAGAAACAUUUCCAGUCCUCCACCUGGCCUUGCAGAGGAAUUUCAAUUUGAAGGCUUUCACUAUGUUGAUGAAUGAAGUAUUUUAUUAUGAUAUAGGUAUAUACCCAUUACAAUUACUUUGUAUGUCAAUAUUAAAGUGGCAUAGCCAUUUAACCAGUUAUUAAAGUGGCAUAGCCAGCUCAUUUACAGGUCAUGCUAUGCACAUUUAUUAUUAUUAAUUUAUUACAAAAAAAAACAGAUUUACAAAGAAAUGAUUAUAAAUGUGGCUUGGCUAUUACACUGGUUAUAAUAUAACUAUAAUUAAUUACAUGAAUAGUUUGUGUAAUGCAGUGGUGAAACUAGCUAUAGCAAAAGGUUUUGCUAUGUUAAUAUUUAAGAAUGAACAUUUUUUAAGUAGUACAAAA